AUGUAUUCGAAGUGUGGAAACAUUAAGGAUUCUAGGUUCAUGUUUGACAAAUCACUAAAUCGGGAUUUUAUUACAUGGAAUGCUGUAGUUUGUGCCUAUGCUAAUCAUGGUCUAGGUAAAGAAGCUUUACUAAUUUUUGAGAAAAUGCAGCUUCAGAACAUGAGACCAAAUCAUGCAACUUUUGUGGCAGUUCUUCGUGCUUGUGCACAUAUUUGUCUUGUUGAAAGAAGGUUGUUCUACUUCAACUCAAUGCAAACUGACUAUGGAUUAGAUCCACAGUUGGGAGUUGGGACACUACUCAUCUAUGGUGGAUAUGCUCAGUAA